AUGUCAGAGAAGUAUCCAGCAAGUAGUAUAGUACUAGCCAAAGUAAAAGGAUACCCAGCUUGGCCAGCUAUGGUAUUAGAAGAAUCAUUAUUGCCAGAUCAUAUUUUUGCUAAAAAACCAAAAUUUAAAUCUCAAUCAUCAGAAUCUGAACCGACGGUACUACCUAUAAAAUUCUUUAAUGAUGAUACUUAUUUUUGGAUGAAGACUAAUGAUUUAAAACCUUUAAGUAAAGAUGAUAUAGCAAUACAUUUUGCUCAAAGUUCUCAAAAACGAAGAAAAGAUAAUGUAUUAGAAACUGCUUUUGAAAUGGCUAGUAAUCCUUUAGAUAUGGAAACUUUUAUUAAAUUUGGAUCUCAUGGAGAACCUUCUGAAGAAGAUUUUGAUAUAUUUGAAGAUACUAUUGAAGUUAAAGCUCCACCUAAAAAGAAACAAAAAACUUCUACAACGACAACUACAAAAAAACAUCCAAAAUUAAAAAUAAUUUUAAAAAAGGACCCUAAAAAGGAACAAUUAGUUAGAGAAAAAGAAGAAGAAAGAAAAUUAAUGUUAGAAUAUGAUUCAGAUUGGGGAAUUGACGAUUUUAAUAAAUAUGAUAAAUUGGAAGGAAAUUAUAUAUAUGAAACAAAACAGAAACAACAAGAUUUAUUUUCAAAAAUACCUGAUUCACAGGAAUUAAUUGAAAUUUAUAAUGAAGCUUUGGAGAGAUAUAAAACUUUAGAAUUUAAAUUUUUAAGUGAUUAUUUAAUUGAUGAAUCAGAAUCAGAAUCAAUAAAUUAUAAAUCAUUACAAAAGGACCUUAAAGAAUUUGAUAAAAUGAUUGAUGAAAUCCCAAAAUCUAUUAUUACUAAAAGUAAAAUAUUAAGAUUAUUAAUUCUUAAUCAAAGAAAAUCACCACUCGAAGAAAAAGAUGCUAUACAAUUUUAUAAAAAUGUUGAAAAAGUGCUAAAAAAAUUGGAAAUUGUAGUUAGAGAAAAUACUGAAGAAGAUUUUGAAAUAAAAAGUGUUGAAAGUACUAAAUUAACAACUCCAGAAGUAACAACACCAGAAAUUACUCCAAAUCCCGAAUCAUCAUCAUCAAUUGAAUCGGAAGUAAUCAUUAUUCCUGAUGUUAAAGAUGAAGAUCAUACAUCACCAUUGAAAAACGAAAUAAUCAUGUCCACUAAAGCAGAAGAAGUUAAUGAAUUUGAUCAAAAUUCAAAUGGAGAACCACAAAUAAAUUCAGCAUCAUUAUCUAAUCCACCAGAUGAUGAUGAUGAUGAAGAUGGUCCAUCAACUGGAAAAACUCAAAAAGAAAGAAGAAAAAUUGAAAUUAAAUUUAUACAAGAUAAAAGUAGAAGACAUAUUACUUUUAGUAAAAGAAAAGCUGGUAUAAUGAAAAAAGCUUAUGAAUUAAGUGUUUUAACUGGUACUCAAGUUUUAUUAUUAGUUGUAUCAGAAACUGGGUUAGUUUAUACUUUUACUACUCCAAAAUUACAACCAUUAGUUACUAAACCAGAAGGUAAAAAUUUAAUUCAAGCUUGUUUAAAUGCUCCUGAAGAAGGAUUAGAUAAUGAACAAGGUGAUCAAAGUGAUGGAGAACAAGCUGAAUCUCCUGAACAAAGUCCAGUACCAGUUCAACAACCACCUCAAUCUCAACCUCAACAACAACAACAACAACAACCUCAACAUCAUCAACAACAUCAACAACAGCAAGCUCAUUUACAACAUCAACAAAAUGCAGUUGCAGCAGCAGCUCAACAUGCUCAACAACAACAACAACAACAACAUCAACAAGUUCCUCAAAAUCAAAAUCAAUCUCAACAUCCUCAACUACAACCAUUACAAUCUCAUGUAUUACCACCACAUUAUGGUCAACCACAACAGCAACAACAACAACAAAAUAAUCAACAACAAGGUGCUGGUGGUCAACAACAAGUACCUUAUGGUGAUUAUGCUUAUUUUUCAAAUAUGCAAAAUAAUAAUAUACCAAAUCAACAACAAUAUCAAUAA